AUGGCAGACAUGGGAAUCGUCGAACUUGCCUCCCACGACACCGACAAUUCCCCACUCUAUGAAGAUCCAGAACAGGGUUUGUUGGGCCAUAUCGUAGCGGCAAAUGAUACUGCCGCUCUCCAGCUCUACCACGCGAGCCUCCAUACGCGGGUGUUCUGGGAAGCAUACUCGCCAUCGUACGGGCAUCCUUUCCGGGUCGCGGAAGAUCACGGCAGCUGCGACGCCCUCCGCGUCUUGCUGCUGAUUUACCUGACAGAUCCGUUUUACCGGGCAAGUCCGGAAUAUCCCCCGCUGGGGGAGUACCUGGCGUGUUUGAAAUUCUCGCCUAUCCAUGUGGCAUGUGAGGCAGCGGAUCGGGAUUUUACCCUCUGGUUGUUAUCGGUGAAGGAACUGAAUGGGGGAGAUGCCCCGCUGUUGGGGAGGCUAGAUCGGGAUGUAGAUUGUGGUGGGCGGACGCCGUUGAUUUGUGCUGUUGGCGGGCUGCGGCUUGGAGGAGAUGUUGAGCGGAGGGAGGCGUUUAUUUAUUUUCUGUUGGAUGAACUAGGUUGUCAGGUGAGGGAGUCGGAUAUUUAUUAUUCCUCUGUUCGAGGACGGGAAGAGCAGAGGCGUGAAGAAGGAAGGGCUGCUGUUGCUGGCGAUGCUGAUAGUGAUGAUACCAAUGCCGAGGUAGAAGAAUAUGAAGAGGAAAAAGAGCUCAAAUAUUCGGUUCUCGAUGCCGCGAUCCCGCAUGCGAGCUACCGCAUGACGGCGCGUCUGAUCGAUGCUGGAGCUGAUGUUCAUGCGUGGCAGAGCUGGUCCGAUAGCUAUGUGUGGAAUUCUAGCGAGUGUAUCAUUCAAGAAGGCACCAAGGGGGUGACCGCUUUGCAUAUUGCUAGCUUGUAUGGGAACCUCGAGGGAAUGCGCGCGCUGGUGGACCAUGGGGGCGUGAGUGUGGCGGAGAUGGUUUCCCGUGCGGAUGAUCAUGGUCGAAUCCCACUACACUGGGCCUUGCUGGGCGCUGCGGACGAGGGGCCUCACAUGGUAGACGCGGAGGAAGGAAAUGAUCCAGAGGAGAUCCCAGCGGAGGACGGGAUGACGCCCCGGUCGAGGAGGAUGGUGGACACCGUCAAGUGGCUUCUCGAGGCCAACCCUGAUACGAUCAAUGCCCGUGAUCGGCAGGGGGCUACUGUGUUCAAUUACGCGGUCAAGUCCCGCGCGGCGGGAAUUGCGGGUAUCUUGGCUGUUCUGAAGAUACUCUUCGAUGCUGGACCGCGAGCUUCGAUUUUGAAUCAUAUUCCUAAUGAGGAAUUUGACCCGGUGGGCACCACCACCGGGAUGACAACAGUCUUGCAUGAUACAGUGGAUCAGCGCUAUCGGCGACUCGAAAAGCUUCGUGGUGAGCGGUUCACGGAGCCAAUCGAGAUUCUGCUCGCCCAUGGGGCUGAUGCUCGGUUAUGCCUUCAUCGGCUAUGUGCCGGGAAUUGGUAUGAGCCCAUCAGUCUGGUCAUGCUGGACCGCCUUUUGGAAUCGCCGACAAACAUCAAUGAUACCGAUCCCGAUGGUGGUACGGCAAUGCACUACCUCGUCCGGUAUCUGAAUCAGAUCGAGGCCGCUCGCCAAUUGGUCAGCCGCGGAGCGGAUGUGAGUAUGGUCAUUUCAAGGGAAAUACGCCUCUUCAUGAGGUUAUGA